AUGACUGACGCGAAAGCUCUCCUGAGGAACAAGCCGACCCAACGGUUCAGGAAAUCGCUGCCUUCCUGCGAAGCAAGCAAGAUGACCGCCGAGCAGAAAGCGCGCUAUUUGGCCUUUGCCGACCCCACCAAGCCGGACGUGAAAACGAUGCUGGCCGCGGCUCUUAUGAAAGAGAAGAAAGCCCUAGACAAUCAGCCAAAGGAAGUGGAAAAUAAAAACCUGAUCGGGGUCCUCAAGGCUUCCGAAGCGCGGAACCGCCUUCGGAACUCAAGGCUCCAGUACCAGCAUUUGAGAGCGCAAGAGAUCAACUUCCUGAUCUCCUUUCAGAGGAACGCAAAAGGUGCAGUAAGGUUGGAGGUCUUCCUCCCACCCAAGAGAAACAUUGCCAAAUUGUCUGACUGCAUGGACACCAUCCAGCGAAGCCGGAUUGAGGAGAUUCUGGAAGACGAAAGUGGUGAGAUCUAUAUCCGGAGGCCUUGA